AACAGAAAUUGCCAUACCAGGAAAAAAUUCGAAUUUUGUCAUUGUUACCUGAAGACUGGACAUACAAUGAGAUACAGGAGAAAUUUGGCUGUACUCGACAUGCUGUGAACCUAGCGAAAGAUUUACGAUUGUCCACGGCUACACCAUUACAUUUAGAACCCAAAAAAUGCGUUAUACGCUCUCAUAUCUCGCCAGCGUUAACGGAACACUUCAUUACUUGGCUGGUAGAAACUGAAAUGUUGGUAUCUAUACCGUGGGGACAUGGAGAACUUGAACUAGACAGCGGUGAAGUUCUUACCAUCCCAAAACAAGUUCUCCAAGCAAAAAGAAGACACGUUAUUGUUCAAUACAAAUGGCACUAUGAAGAAUUGAAGUUCACACCGCUGAGUGAUCGAAAAUUAUUUUAUAUUCUUGAGAAUCUGAAUGCAUCCGAACAAAAAGCUCUGUUCGGUUUAGACGAUUUUGCUGUAGCAGCGCGAGACGCCUGGGAAAAAUUAGAAUUUGUUUGUCAAAAGCUCCUCAUGUCGUCAGCCGAACUCCAGCAAAAUACCGCCAAAGCAAAUGAUAUUAAAAAUUUGUCAGAUGAUUGUGCCUACAUGACUAUAGAUUGGGCUCAAAAAAUACUACGUACAGAACAUAGAGAAGGACAAUCAAAAUAUUUUGGCAAAAAAGGCAUGUCUGUACUUGUUGGAUCAUUCACGAUGAAUAACCUAGAAAUAGCAGACAGCUAUAAAACGGAAACAUACAUGUUAGCUCUCACACGAUGUAGCCAAAACGAGUUGGAUACAUUAUCCGGCGGUCACCUGAUAGCAACGGAGUUUGCGAAACGUCACCCACAAAUCAAGAAACUGUUAAAUAGAUCAGACAAUGCGAGUGUUCUUGGUGGACAUGCGACGCCUGAAUCCGAAAGAAUCCUACAUAACAAACUUGGACUCGAAUUACUUGUGAGAGAUUAUUCGGAGGUCCAGUUAGGCAAGGAUGUAUCCGAUCGCAUGACAGGUAGUGCAAAGAUGCGUAAGGGAGCAUUUGUUGAUGCUGGUAACAAUACUGUGGUGGUAUAA